GACGGGAGGACGCGCCGAGCGCCGGGUUUCGCCCGGGGCGGGCGAUAGACAGCGUGUCGCGCUUUUAGCUCCUUCCCCAGACUCCGGCCCAGCUCCUGCGAUCUCCACAGCAGCCUCUGAGGCCGCCCCCAGAAAGCAUCAGGAUGGCCGAGGAAAAGGGUGAAAAGCAAGUCCUGGAAGAAUCUGCAUUUGAAGAAAUCGAAAGAGAUUUUCAGGAGGUUCUGUGUGAACUUUCAGGAGACAAAAGUCUGGAAAAAUUUAGGAUUGAAUAUGAGAAGCUUCAUGCUAUCAUGAAAAAGUCUUAUGACAAUGAAAAGCGUCUGAUGGCCAAAUGCAGAGAACUAAAUGCAGAGAUCGUAGUGAAUUCCGCAAAGGUCGCCACUGCCCUUAAGCUCUCUCAGGACGAUCAGACCACCAUUGCAUCCCUAAAGAAGGAAAUUGAAAAAGCCUGGAAGAUGGUGGACUCAGCCUAUGACAAGGAGCAGAAGGCCAAGGAGACGAUUCUUGCUCUGAAAGAGGAAAUAGUGAACCUGACCAAACUAGUGGAGCAAGGGUCUGGACUAUCAAUGGACCAGGAUAGCAACAUUCGAGAUUUACUGAAGUUCAAAGAAGAAGUGACAAAAGAGAGAGACCAGCUCUUAUCAGAAGUGGUAAAAUUACGAGAAUCCCUAGCUCAGACCACUGAACAGCAGCAAGAAACCGAGCGAUCAAAAGAGGAGGCUGAACAAGCCAUCAGUCAGUUCCAACAAGAAAUCCAGCAACGUCAGAACGAAGCUUCACGGGAGUUCCGAAAGAAGGAAAAACUAGAGAAAGAGCUCAAGCAGAUUCAGGCAGACAUGGACGCCAGGCAGACAGAAAUAAAAGCCCUGCAGCAGUACGUGCAGAAGAGCAAGGAGGAGCUUCAGAAGCUGGAGCAGCAGCUGAAGGAGCAGAAGAUAUUGAAUGAGAGAGCUGCGAAGGAACUCGAGCAAUUUCAGAUGAGAAAUGCUAAACUUCAGCAAGAGAAUGAACAGCACAAUUUGGUCUGUGAGCAGCUAUCCCAGGAAAACCAACAGAAGGCGUUGGAGCUCAAAGCCAAAGAGGAAGAAGUCCAUCAAAUGCGCCUUGACAUCGGGAAGCUCAACAAAAUCAGAGAACAAAUCCAUAAGAAAUUGCACCACAUUGAAGAUCAAAAGGCGGAGGUCGAACAGCACAAAGAAACCCUAAAAAAUCAGAUUGUGGGAUUAGAGAGAGAGGUGGAGGCUUCAAAGAAACAAGCAGAACUUGAUAGAAAGGCAAUGGACGAGCUUCUGAGAGAAAGGGACAUACUAAAUAAGAACAUGCUUAAGGCGGUCAAUGCGACCCAGAAGCAGGUAGACUUGGUAAAGCUCCAUGAACAAGCCAAGCGGAACCUGGAGGAAGAAAUCCAGAACUACAAGGAGGAGGCUCAGAAGCAGAGAAAGAUCAUCUUUCAUCUAGAAAAGGAGCGUGACCGGUACAUCAACCAAGCCAGUGACCUUACCCAAAAGGUCCUCAUGAACAUGGAAGACAUAAAAGUUCGUGAAACGCAAAUUUUUGACUACAGGAAAAAAAUAGCUGAAUCAGAGAUUAAGUUAAAACAGCAACAGAACCUGUAUGAAGCUGUGAGAUCAGACAGGAAUCUGUAUAGCAAAAAUCUGGUGGAGGCUCAGGAUGAAAUAACAGAAAUGAAGAGAAAGUUAAAGAUUAUGACCCAUCAGGUAGAUCAGCUGAAAGAAGAAAUCUCUGCCAAAGAGUCUGCACUUGUGAAGCUGCACCUGGAACAGCAGCGAAUAGAAAAGGAAAAGGAAACAUUGAAGGCCGAGCUGCAGAAGCUGAGACAACAAGCCCUGGAGACCAAACACUUUAUUGAAAAGCAGGAAGCUGAGGAGAGAAAACUCCUGCGAAUAAUCGCCGAGGCUGACGGGGAGAGGUUGAGACAGAAGAAGGAAUUAGACCAGGUCAUCAGUGAGAGAGAUAUCCUGGGGUCUCAGCUUGUUCGGCGCAAUGACGAGUUAGCUUUGCUCUAUGAGAAGAUCAAGAUCCAACAGUCCGUGCUGAAUAAAGGGGAGAGCCAGUACAACCAGAGGUUGGAGGACAUGAGAAUCCUCAAACUUGAGAUCAAGAAGCUUCGCCGGGAAAAGGGGAUUCUUGCCAGGAGUGUGGCUAAUGUUGAGGAACUCAGACAGGAGUUUUUUCACAUGCAAAGAGAAUUCUUGAGGGAGAGGACACGCUGCCGAGCCCUGGAGGAGGAGCUGGAGAAUCCUAUGAACGUGCACAGAUGGAGGAAGCUCGAGGCCAGCGACCCCAAUGCAUAUGAGCUGAUACAGAAAAUUCACACCCUGCAGAAGCGUCUUAUCAGCAAGACUGAAGAGGUUGUUGAAAAAGAGCUGGUCCUUCAGGAAAAGGAGAAACUCUACGUGGAACUAAAGCACGUCUUGGCCCGUCAGCCUGGACCUGAGGCUGCGGAACAGCUGAAGCUCUACCGACGUACGCUGUAUGACAAGAAAAAGCAGCUGAAAGUUUUGUCUUCAGAACUGAAUAUGUAUGAAGUACAGAGCAAAGAAUAUAAACAUGAGGUGGAGAGACUUACCAUUGAACUCCAGAAUUUAAAGAAGAAAUAUCUCGCUCAGAAACGUAAAGAACAACUUAAAAUAAACAAGAACAAAGCACCCACGGAGGACACCCUCUUAAUCGCCAAACCAGAUGGCCCUGGUUUUACUGGGGGUGGAUUUCCUCUCACGUCAACCAAGGUGAAAUUCUAACCUGAAGCUGCUGGCUGGGUCCAGUUGAACAACUCAUGAAAUCUGCUCUGGGAACAUUUUGGGGGAAUCUCAAGCUCCUUGGAUAAUAGAAUUGGGUGCCCAGAAUCCGGGAUGGAAAGAAGUGCAGAACUGUCAUAGUCACUUACAUGUAAGAGGGAUGGUGUUUUGCCUGGUCCACACUGAUAUUAACAGAUUGUAAUUCUCUCCAUUCAGUUAGGCUGGCCUAUUGCAUGAAGCAGAUCUUUUGUUGUUACCCCAUUGAUUGAAAUGUACUAGACCUUAAUUUCUCUAUUAUAGACAUUGGCGUACUUGAAGAUUUUAUAUUUAAAAGUAUUUUUAAAAUGCAAUGCAUCCCCUCCCACCUUAUUAACAAGAAUCUAUUUUAAUUAUUCCCCAUUAACAAGUCAUUGCAUGAGAUGAGAAAGAAGAACAAACUCUCAAGAAUUUAAAAAGUGUUUUGAGAAUGAUUUCUAUGUGGAAUUUUCAGGCCUGGAGUAGGAAAAUCUGUUCCAAAGAGACACACUAAUAAAUACUUUAUCAUAAAAAAUAAAAAAGAACCUUUGUAGAGAUUUUGA